GUUGCGGUGGUCGCAGUCGCGAUGUUUUUGAUUCCGAGCAGACGCCGCCCGCACGCACGCAUCUUCUCUCGAUCAGAAACACAGUUAACCUCACUUCACGCUACCUUUCAUCUUGCUGUCUACGAUGUUCGUUAACAUUUGGCGGGGCUCAUUGCCCUUAAGAACCUAUUGGGCCACAGAACUUGCGAACACUUUUCAAGCAGUGUCCAAUAUUAGUCGUGGCAAUGUCCGUCAUUUCAUGUUAUGCGGUCAUCACCCUAUUCCGUCUCCCGCAAUUCGUCUCGUAGCAUCUAAAGUUACCCUAGGGGUUGCCAAAAGGUUUAGAAGUAAAGUUUCACAUGCCUUGAAAGAUCAUUCGGAGAUAUCAGAGAACUUAACACAAAUAUUUGCCAAGCCUAGAGCACCGCGACGCAGGGGCAAAUCUCAAGAACAAGGAGAAAAAGGCUACCCUGUCGUCGCUUUUAGUACAGCCGAAGAAUUCAAUUUAGAUGCACUUAAGGUGGCCAUCAGUAAACAAGAGUUGUAUAGUGUAGUUGAAGAAAAUGAAAUGUUUAAAGUUCAAGAAUCAGAGCAUCAAGGAGAGGAUGUGGUCCAUAUUAAGGCAAGAUACAAUGUUGAUUCUGAACCACGGGAAGUAUUCUUCUUUCGUGACGGCACUGCUGUAUUUUGGAAUGUGUCAGAUCUCGAAAUAUCAAAUUUCUUACGUUUUAUCAGACCAUUUGAAUCAGGUCGAUAUAAUGAAAAGCUAGUCCUUGGUGAAAGAGAGAUAAUGUCAUACAAUCAUGGUGAAAGUAAAAAGACCAUAUUACGCAAUGAUGUCAUAGAGCUAGCAUCCUCUGCUGACAGCAGUCUUGAAAAGUAUACUUUUUCAAAUGGUAUUGCUUUAUCUGUGAAACUUGGCAUUUGGGAGGCCUCCCUAGAAAAGUUCAUUGAUUCCAUUGAGUUUAUCAGUGAGGACUUAAAAGCUGGGCGCAAGAUUCGCAUGACACGUGAAGAAGUGUUAAGAAAACAUGGAGAGCUAUUUGCACUAAGGCAUUUAUUAAAUCUGAGCUCUGAUUUCUUGGAUACACCCGACUUUUAUUGGGAUAACGAAGAGCUUGAGAGGCUUUAUUUGCAAACUAUAAAUUAUUUUUGUAUCAGUCGUCGUACAAGAGUCAUGAAUGAAAAAAUAAGUCACUGCGCUGGGCUAGUAGAGUUGGUUUCCAGUCAUCUAAGUGAUAAGCAUCAUAUUCGCUUAGAAUGGAUGAUUAUUGUUCUUAUUAUGGUUGAAGUUGGUUUUGAGUUCCUUCAUUAUGUGGAUCCAAAGUAACUCUAUUGUCUCAGUGCAAAUUCUGUAAAAAUGUUCAGUAUUUGCUUUCAAUUAUGUGGUUUAUGUGAUUUAUAUUCAUAGAAAAUACUACUAGUUAGUGAAUUAAUUAUUAUAGUUUAAAAAACAGGAUAAAUACAGGACAAUCCAGAAUUCUAAA